AUGGCUCAAUUUGUCGUCCCUGGUACCGUUACCCCAGGAUAUCCAACUGAUCCAAGCGUUAUAGCUUACGCCUUGGCACAACAAGAUGCUCUCAAUCUUGCAAAACAGAUCAGCAAGGAAUUCACUACCAAAUUGACUUUAACCAACAAAACCACCCAAUUCAACCCUCGGGUUUACAAGAACCUAUUGGCAACAGCGGUUGACUUUCACCCCAUGAGCGGUUUCAUUGAAGCUGCCCUAGAUGCUCCUCACUGUGACACACCUGAAGAACUCUGGAAAUACACUAAGGACAAGGCUGUCCAGUUGCUAUGUGUCCCAGACGGCUACCAACCUUUGUACAAUUUUUUCUUUCAGAGGUCUUUUAUCUCAGCUAUUGGACAGAGGUUUAAUUACCAAAACUAUUUCCACUUGGUCAGAACAACAAAUGGGAAAACUACAGCUAUUUCACUUCCAGCUCUUUCAUUUGCUCAACUUUUUCCCAAUUCCGAUGAUUCCCGAAAAGUUCAUACAGAAGUUUUCUUUAGUUCAAUUGAACAGUACCACUCUUGGGAACCUCGCCCCGAACCUCUUAUAGCAGUCCUCCAUGAUUAUCGUACAAUUUUCAAAUCUUACUUCUCCGCUUUUGAUUUUGACCCUAACGACCCAGCUGAUUCUGAUAAACCAGAGGUUAAGAAAUCUAUUGAGGCAUUCAAAAAUUCCCAUAUGAUCCGUUUUAAUACUUGUUUCUAUACUAGUUUUCCACCUACAAUUUAUGUCAAGUACUUCUCAAAGAUUCAGAAUCCCUUAAUUGAACCAGCGUUCAGGGAUCUACUGGAUGAAAUGCGUAACAUCCCGAUCACCACAAUUAAUCACCUUGAUCUUCUCAUUGAAAAGUGGGCUAAAUGUUCCACAGCAACCAGAGAUACUGAAUUCACUCAAAAUAAUGGCUUAUCCACGCCUAUGGUCAAUCUGGCUGUUCUUGCAAAGGCUGAAGUUAAGCAAAGUAUGUUCUCCUCUCCUGCCGCCGACAAAGCUGCCAGAGGCAUAAACCCCUCAUUCCGUACUACAUCCAAUAACAAGGCUGGUAAUAAAUUUGCUCCAACACCAGCUCCUUCAGUUCCUCUCACAGACAAAUCUCAAGUUAAUGCUGCCUUUGCUACCCAACCUAACAAAGCCAAGAAGUUCUCACGACAGUACAACGGUACUUACCCCCACUGUGAUUGGUGUGGUUACCACCAUGCAGCUAACCAAUGUGCAUUCAAUAGCGAUGGUACACCGAAUGCACGCAACCAUGACCAAUCAUUUCCUAGAAGGGGAUCUAAGGCUGCUCAAGAAUUGAUUAGAAGAUCUCGUUACUCCGGUGUGACACAUUCAGUCGUCAACUCAAACAUUAAUCUUACAGAUAUAGUUUCAAAUAAAAUACCUUUCCGCACUGCUAGCGGUGACCUUGCAUAUGUUGAUGGCCAUGGAUUUCUUGAUCUCAAAAUUGGUGACAAUAACCUCCGUCUUAAGACACUCUACUCACGUGACCCUAAUUAUUCCAACUUAAUUUCUGUCCGACAACUUAAUGACUCUGGUUAUUCUGUUCUGUUUGCUCCUAAAUCCACACUAAUUUUCCCACCAACUCAAACCAAGAUUCUUACAGCCUACUGCUAUCGCUUAGAAGGGUCAUUGGCUUUGCGGAACGACACCUCUCCACACACAAUAAGAUCUGCCGAUUUUUCAAAGAUUAAAGAUUACCUCACCAUAAACAAGAACUUAUCUGUACACAAUGUACUUGGGCACCUUUCCGCCAAACGUCUACGGCAACUAGGAAUUUCCAUCUCACCAAAAAUAGAAGACGAAAUCAAACACUGCACGAUUUGCAAGGCUUUAAACUAUAAAACAGUUUCAUAUAGAAAGCCAGCAACACACAUAGCCAAGAAUCCACUUGACACAAUUCACCUUGACUCUGCUGGGCCCUACACCAUCAACAAUAAAAAGUACUGGGUUACUGUCAUACUCGAUCAUUCAACUAAGUUUCUUCAUACAUUCACCUCCAUCAAUAAAAAGGACAUCACUGAACGCACCUGGGCGUACCUAUCUAACGAACAACACCGACUCGGUCAGAUCAUUAAAGUUAUUCGCACCGACCGCGGUACUGAGUUCUCAAAACUUACCCAAUGUUGA